CAGAGGCAUGACUUACGACAUCUUUUCUCAGGUAGCUGUGUUAAUGCCGUGGCGGGCGCUGGCACGGUGAACACAACGCCUAACGGCCCGUCCGCUUCCACGUUCCAAUGUGGCUGACCCGGAGUUGUCACUGCAGGACGGGGUCAGAGGCAUCCCGCUGUGAGUCUUCCUCGCGACGAGAAGAGGCCUGGGCGCGGGGAGCCCGGGAGGAGGAGGCAGCAGAGUCUCCCGGCCCCCCCUGUGGACCUCGGGAGGCUGUCCCAGCGGGCGGUGAAGGCCACGCUCAGCGCGCCUGGGCUUCGCCGGCUGACCAGGACAGCGCGGCCCCAACGCCCUCCUGCACCUCUCGCAUCCUGCCCCUCGGGCUGCGCGGAGCGUCUCCUCCGACCAGGUCAGCAUUGAAGAAACAGGCCCUGGCGCCCCGCUAGCCCGCAAGCGAGGCGAUGAAGAGGAGUCUGUUCAUCCGUGCACCGACUAUCACGUUACGUAGCUACGACCUCUCGCUGGCCACAACGAUCCGAUCCUAGAAGGCGCG